AUGAAGGACGGAGGAGAUAUAAGAUUGUGUGCGGAUUACAAAGUUACGGUAAACAGGUAUUUAAAAGAUGUAAAGCAUCCAUUACCUAGGAUAAAUGAACUAUUUUCUCAACUUCAUGGUGAAUUUUUCACUAAACUUGAUUUCGCAUAUGCUUAUAACCAACUUGAGUUCGAAGAAAGUACUAGAUACUUAUUAACGUGGAGUACACAUAGGGGAAUCUAUGCGGUCAACAGAUUGCAUUUUGGUACUAAACCGGCAUGCUCCAUUUUCCAGAAAACUGUGGAAAAGGUUCUACAAGGUGUGAAUGGAACAGUCAUAUUUUUAGAUGACAUUGUUGUGACCGGCAAAAGUUGCAAAGAUCAUUUACAUAAUUUGAGCGAAGUUUUUUAUCGGUUGAGUAAAGCAGGAUUCAAAUUGAAUUUGAAGAAAUGCCGCUUUUUUUGA